AUGAAAAAUAUUGCAGAAGAAAUAGGAAACAAAAGAGGAUAUUGUAAAAAUUGCGGAACUACCACAACACCACUUUGGAGACGAGGAGAUGAUGGAAGUUAUCUAUGUAACGCGUGUGGACUAUAUCUAAAGAUACAUAAAAAAAAUCGGCCACAUGAAUUUAAGACGGACAGUUUUAAACACAGGAACAGAAAUAAAAAAGAAGUACCUUUUAUACCACAGUUGCGUAAUAAUGACAGAUUUGUGCAUAGUUAUUACAAACCAAUAUACUUUCCUAAGUAUAGUCAACAAGAAAUACUAAAAGAUUACAACCUUUUUAAAGAACAUUCUAUGAGAAUGAAUCAUAUGUAUGUGAAAAAUAAUAUAAAAAAAGGCCAAAAUAAUCCUUUUUAUGCAAACAAAAACUUAGCACAUAACUUUCAACAAGAUAAGGUGCAGGAUGAUGAUACAGCAGAGGCAGUCGAUGCAUUGAUAAAUUUUAUGAAUCUUUGUAAGUAA